CUUCCGUCUCUCCCUGCGACCGGAUAAACCUGCAGCCCUCCCCCGGCGACCUGCUCCGAGCGGCGGGGCGGAGGAUGGCGGAGGACCGGUGUGUGAGCGCCUGCCAGCCGGGGAUGGUUUAAUGCAGGCGGCCACUAAACAGCCACAAUAUUCCCAUCAUACCUCUGCGGGGCUCCACGGCUACCGGGUUCGUCCUCCUGCAUGGCCUCAGUCGCUGCGGGGUUCUGGGGUUCUGCCGCCUGCUGCUCGCACUCCAAACUCUCCAGAGGUGUCUAAAACUGGGACGAGGCCGUUCGCCACCGUCCAUGUCGUCCGGCCGGAGAGGUUCGGGCGCGUCCGGCCUUGGGGGUGGAGCCGUGUCUCCGGGGCCCGUGGUGGCAGAGGUGGUGGUGGAGCCCGGCGUGGGGUUGGGGGCCGGCGAGGCCAGCAGGGAGCUGUUCGAGGCCUGUCGGAGCGGAGACCUGGAGAGAGUCCGUAAGCUGGUGUCGGCCGGGAAUGUGAACAGUCGGGACACGGCGGGGAGGAAGUCCACGCCGCUGCACUUCGCUGCAGGUUUUGGCCGUAAAGACGUUGUGGACUUCCUCCUCCAGAACGGAGCCAACGUCCACGCCAGAGACGACGGAGGGCUGAUUUCCCUCCACAACGCCUGCUCCUUCGGCCAUGCUGAGGUGGUGAGCUUGUUGCUUCACCACGGGGCGGACGCAAACACCAGAGACAACUGGAACUACACGCCACUGCACGAGGCAGCCAUCAAGGGCAAGAUUGACGUGUGUAUAGUGUUACUGCAGCACGGUGCUGAGUUGACCAUCAGGAACAUAGACGGUCGAACCGCUCUGGAUCUGGCAGAACCAUCCGCCAAAGCAGUGCUGACAGGUGAAUACAGAAAAGAUGAGCUUCUGGAAAGUGCAAGGAGCGGGAACGAGGAGAAGCUGAUGGCUCUGCUGACGCCGCUCAACGUCAACUGUCACGCCAGCGACGGACGAAAGUCGACACCGUUACACCUGGCAGCCGGGUACAACCGCGUCAAGACCGUCCAGCUGUUACUGCAGCACGGCGCUGAUGUGCACGCCAAAGACAAGGGGGAUCUAGUUCCUCUUCAUAAUGCCUGUUCGUACGGUCACUACGAGGUCACUGAGCUGCUGCUGAAGCAUGGAGCCGGCGUUAACGCCAUGGACCUAUGGCAGUUCACUCCUCUUCAUGAAGCUGCUUCCAAGAACCGAGCUGAGGUGUGUUCCCUCCUGCUGAGCUACGGCGCCGACCCCUCCUUCCUCAACUGUCACAAUAAAAGCUCCAUCGACCUCGCUCCUACAGUGCAGCUCAAAGAACGGCUGGCCUAUGAGUUCAGAGGUCACAGCCUGCUGCAGGCGGCCAGGGAGGCCGACGUGGUGCGGGUCAAGAAGAACCUGAGCCUGGAGACAAUCACCUUCAAACACCCACAGACUCAAGAGGCUGCGCUGCAUUGUGCGUCUGUUUCUCCGAACCUGAAGAGGAAACAAGUGUGUGAGCUUCUGCUGAGGAAGGGAGCCGACGUCAACGACAGGACUAAAGACAUGAUGACCCCUCUCCACCUGGCAGCAGAGAAAGGCCACAACGAUGUCAUCGAGGUGUUGGUCAAACAUGAAGCCAAGGUGAAUGCGGUGGAUCACCUUGGCCAGACGCCGCUGCACCGAGCCGCUCGCUGCGGACACCUGCAGACCUGCAGACUGCUGCUGAACGCCGGCUGCGAUCCGCUGCUCACCUCGCUGCAGGGACUGUCGCCUUCACAGCUGGGCAACGAGAGCGUGCAGGAGAUACUGCAGGAAGGAGUUCUGAUCAGGAACUCUGAAGUCGACCGACAGCUGCUGGAAGCCUCAAAAACAGGAGAUGUGGAAACUGUCAAGAAACUCUGUACGAUGCAGAACGUGAACUGCAGGGAUGUGGAGGGUCGACAGUCGACGCCGCUGCACUUCGCCGCUGGAUACAACCGGCUGGCCGUCGUCCAGUUUCUGCUGCAGCACGGAGCUGACGUACACGCCAAGGAUAAAGGAGGUCUGGUUCCUCUCCAUAACGCCUGCUCGUACGGUCACUACGAGGUUGCUGAGCUGUUGGUAAUUCACGGUGCUGUGGUCAACGUGGCCGACCUCUGGAAGUUCACACCACUGCACGAAGCUGCCGCCAAAGGCAAAUACGACAUCUGUAAACUCCUGCUGCAGCACGGCGCAGACCCGACUAGGAAGAACCGGGAUGGAAACACCCCUCUGGAUCUGGUGAAGGACGCCGAUACUGACAUCCAGGACCUGCUGCGGGGCGAUGCCGCCCUGCUGGACGCCACCAAGAAAGGCUGCCUGGCCCGGGUUAAGAAACUCUGCACACACGAUAACGUCAACUGUAGAGACACACAGGGGAGACACUCGACACCACUACACCUGGCAGCGGGCUAUAAUAACCUGGAGGUGGCGGAGUACCUGCUGCAGCACGGAGCGGAGGUCAACUCUCAAGAUAAAGGAGGACUGAUUCCUCUGCACAACGCUGCCUCCUACGGGCACGUAGACGUAGCUGCUUUGCUCAUAAAGUUUGACGCCUGUGUCAACGCCACCGAUAAGUGGGCGUUCACUCCGCUGCACGAGGCCUCUCAGAAGGGCCGGACUCAGCUGUGCGCCCUCCUUCUGGCUCACGGAGCGGACCCCACCCUCCGAAACCAGGAGGGACAGUCGCCGCUGGACCUGGUCACGGUUGAUGAUGUUCGGGCUUUGCUAACUGCAGCCAUGCCUCCCUCUGCUCUCCCCGGCUGUUACAAACCUCAGGUCAUCAGCGUGGCAGAGUCAACUUCCGUUGCUCCACCUGUCGCCGUGGUCCCACCACUCCUCUCCUCCCCCUCUUCCUCUUCCUCCUCUAGUCUUGACGCCACAACAGCGGCUACGACCAACAGUAACGCCACCGCUGCAUCUAGUGCAUCAAAUUUGUCACCACCUCCGCCAUCUUCAUCAUCCUCUGUGUUUCCUGAGAUGUCGGCACUGCUGUCGAUGGUCGAGAAGAAAGAGGAAGUUCCAGGAGUUGAGCACAGUAUUUGUCAGUUCCUGAAGAACCUCAGACUGGAGCAUCUUCUGGAGAUCUUUGACAGAGAGCAGAUCACUGUGGAUGUGCUGGUGGAGAUGGGUCACCGCGAGCUGAAGGAGAUCGGCAUCAACGCCUACGGACACAGACACAAGAUCAUUAAAGGAGUGGAGAGGCUCAUCAACGGGCCGCAGAGUCUGAACCCCUAUCUGACGCUGAAUACAGCCAACAGUGGGACGAUAUUGAUCGACCUCGCAGCCGAUGACAAAGAGUUCCAGUCAGUAGAGGAGGAGAUGCAGAGUACGAUCAGAGAGCACAGAGACGGCGGCCAUGCUGGAGGAGUCUUCAACAGAUACUCGCUGGUCAAGAUCCAGAAGGUCUGUAACAAGAAGCUGUGGGAGCGGUACACCCACCGCAGGAAGGAAGUUUCAGAGGAAAACCACAACCACUCCAAUGAACGCAUGCUCUUCCACGGCUCUCCAUUCGUCAACGCCAUCAUCCAUAAAGGUUUUGACGAGCGCCACGCCUACAUCGGUGGGAUGUUCGGUGCUGGGAUCUACUUCGCCGAGAACUCGUCGAAGAGCAAUCAGUACGUUUACGGGAUCGGAGGAGGGACCGGCUGCCCACUGCACAAAGACCGCUCCUGCUACGUCUGCCACAGGCACCUGUUGUUCUGCAGGGUGACUCUGGGGAAGUCCUUCUUGCAGUUCAGUGCCAUGAAGAUGGCUCACUCCCCGCCGGGUCACCACUCUGUUACCGGCAGACCGAGUGUUAAUGGCCUCGCUCUGGCCGAGUACGUCAUCUACAGAGGAGAGCAGGCCUAUCCAGAGUAUCUGAUCACGUACCAGAUCCUGAAACCUGACGAGUCUGCAGACGGAUGAGGACAAAGAGGAUGAUGAAGGAAGUGGAGACAAAUAACUACAGAAGAUGAAGAGCGCUCAUCUGAUCAGUUGAGCGUCAAUAACUGCAUGCACAAAAAAACUUUAUUUAUACAAUAUAUAAAACAUUUUUACCAGAUGCCUGUUUUUUUCUAUUGUUUGUUUUAUGCACUUUAUGAACCACAGGUGGUGUCAUGAUGUGAUGUGACUGUUGAUUUUGUCUUUUUGUCACUAACUGUAUCGUCCAGUGAUUCAGGGUACAGCCCUUUCAGACAGGAUGUGUCAGUUUCAUCACAUCAGUGUCCCCGUCAGACGCAGGAUAUAUAUAUAGUCACAUUUUAAGUUAGCUAAUGUUAGCAAAACACGAGCCAACUAUCUAGUUAAUCUACAUCAAUUAUUAGCUAAUUAGCAAGCGUUUGUUAACAUUAGCUGUCAGAUAUAACUAAUGAUUCAUUUAGAUUAGUUGGCUAGUUAGAUAGCAUUUUGCUAACAUCAGCUAACUUAAGAUGUGAAUCCUCGUUCUUCUUUCCUGUACUAUGCUAUGUGCUAGGCUAAUCCAAGUUGAAAAGAUAUCCACAUUUUCAAAAGGUUAAAAGAUAAAAGCGACAUAUGUAGUUAUAUAUAUAUAUAUAUAACUAUAUACAUAGAAACAUCCUACUGAUGUUAGCAAAAUGCUAGCUAAGCAGUUAAUCUACUUCAAUAGGAGCACAGAGCAAAAAGGGGCGGGACUUAGGAAGGGUUAAAAAAAGGCCCAUUUUCAAAAACAAAACACCUAAGUUUACCUAAUGUGCUUUUAAAGUAAUUUAUAAAAUCAAUCGAUGGCAGAAAUGUCUUCAUCCACUCAGCAACAUGUGAUUUCUAAACUGAAGUUACGUGAAAAUGAUCAGAACUGCAGUUAAUGUUGUUUAAUGGCUCCAAACAACAUAAGAAAUGAACACUAAUGUUGCUGUUCAGCAGGAGACACACUGAUGUUUCUGAAAAUGACUCAUCCCAUCUGAAGAGUCUCUCCUCACUAACAUUUCCAAAAAGCAGCAGUACGUGUUGCCUGGCAACAUCCUAACGAGGUGAAGUAUUCAAUUUAUUUUAUGAAGAUGUUGCGUAUACUUAUUUUUUGUACAAGCAUGUCGGUUUAUUAGCGUUUAUAAUGUAAAAUGAAAUAUCUCUUCCUGGGUAUUUGAGGCAGUGUUUUCUGAAUGAAAAGUCUGAUUGGGAUGUACUGUGGUGAUCAGCCAUUGACACAAUAUGAGAAAAAACAUGUUUAUCAACAGCUUCAGCCUCUUUUGAAUGAGUACAAAUGCACAAACGUCCAGGCCGACCCAGUGUGGCUCCAGUCCUACCACUCCCAAGUCGCCAGAUACUGCAGCUCAGUCGAUGGCCUCUCCACUUUAAAAUAUGAUGUUUUAGGUAUCUGGUGUCAUUUCUGGACACGCCCACCAUCACAGUCAGGUGAUGGAGUAUAAGGAGGUGGAUGGAUGGCUCAAUCAAACACAGGACUUUAACCCUGCUGUUCGUAACUUAAAGUAAACAAUUUCUUCUAAGUUACAUUUAUUCAUGUAAUUAAGUUACGUAACUUUAUCCCUAAUCGUAACCAAGUGAUUUUUGUGCCUGAACAUAACCAAACUGCGACUGUUUACAUUACAUUACAUUAACCAUGUAACCUUUAUAUUGAAAUUAUAACCAGAAGUUGCAGACAUUACAUAUUUAUUGUUGCUAACUUGACCGCAGUUCCCUGCGCGUCCAGAAACAACAGGAGAGGGAUACGAAGCGGCAGUAUGUGACAAGGUGGGGAGUGAGAACUUGUUGUCCGGUCUGGUUCCAGAACUGCGAAUUACAUUUGUUGUUCAUUGAUCCAUUUGGUCCAGUGUUGUGCUCAUCAACUGCUGACAAUCAUAAUUUUGUUGGCUGGAGUAAGAACGAACUGCUUUACAUUAGUGACGAAGCUCACGUGGUUCACAGUUCUAAUGACGUCUAAGUGAGUGAUACGUUAAAGCUCACAUACAUACAGUAACUCAGACCUCUGUGGGUUUCUUAAGUCGGACUGUAAAACGUUCAGAGGUACAACAAAAUGUGAGUGUUGUGUAUGUAAAUAUGCUCUGACUGUUCUGCUGUCGUCUGUAAUGUGAAGUUAAUGGGCACUAAUGGGGACGUUUCCUGCCCUGAUGCAUGGUACUGUGGUGCUGUCUGACUGGGAGGAAAACAGCAGCUGAAUGUGGAGAGUUUGGAUCCAAAAUGGGAAAGUAAACAUCUCACCGACUCUACGAACUGAUAGAUAAUAAUGGUGCUGUUUAAGAGUUCAUUGGUUGUGGCAUUUUGGAAGCAAACUCCUCACACUGUGUUUAAAAUGGUCAUUAACAGGAAAAACAUUCAAUCAUGAUGUACAAAUAGAUGUUGUUAGUCAAAGACGUGGAGGCAGGAUGUGAGGAGGGAACGAAUAUUUGCAUCUUGUAAAAAAAAUUGAAAUAUUGAACUUAAGUCUACCUACGAACCUCUAAAA